CAGUGCUCCCUGCCAGCCUCGGCACAGACAGGAGCCUGGUGGGACAGGAGGGCAGGAGGCUCUCCCCGAGCCCGUGAGUGUCACUUGUCCCCACCCCGGCUGCUCCCCGCGCUCCUGACGGGGAUUUCAGCUCCGUGGGUGUCCUGGGCAGGUUUCCACGGCUCCAGAGGCUUGGUGGAGCCUGCAGUGCAUCCCCUCCCAGCACGCAGCCCUUGCAGGCAGCGGGGCUCCACACAGGGCUCUGCAAUGGAGGCUGCAGCACCAGCACGGGGGGCACCCCCGGACCCCCCGAGCUGCGGGGCGCCCUCGGAGCACCCCGUGCUGCUCCUGGCCCUGCUGGGGCUCCUCAGCCUUCCUGUGGCUCGUGGUGACUGUGGGCCCCCUCCUGCCAUGACCCACUCCAGGCCCUCCAGCAGCUCCAGCAGCUUCCCGGUGGGCUCCAGGGUCACCUUCACCUGCGCGGAGGGCGCCCGCCGCAUCCCGGGGCUGCCCGACACCGUGGAGUGCCUGCCCGGAGACAUCUGGUCCCGCCUGCCCGAGCCCUGCGGCCGGAGCUGCGCCGCCCCGGCCAGGCUCAGGUUUGCUGCCCUGUCCAAGGAGGACGAGAGGAGGAAUUUCUUCCCCGUGGGCAUCAGGGUGAGCUACACCUGCCGGCCGGGCUACGAGAACACCUCGGAGAGUUCCCCCUCCAGCACCUGCCUCCAGAACCUGACGUGGUCGCAGCCCGCCGAGCUGUGCAGGAGGAGGUCCUGCCGUGCCCCGGGAGCGCUGCCCGGGGGGAGGACGGGGCCUGUGCCAGACCUGCAGCUGGGAGCUCGGGUGGAGGUGUCCUGUGAGGAUGGGUACAAAUUAGUCGGGAAUAAUUUCAUCCGGUGCCAGCUGAUAGGAAACGAUGUGGAAUGGAGCAAACUUCCAACCUGUGAAUUGAUUACCUGCUCUGCACCUCCUGCCAUCAGCCACGGCAGACACGACGGGGAAGGCGUUGAGGUUUUUGGUUAUAACUCCACGGUGUCCUACAGCUGUGAGCCCAACUUCCAGCUGGUGGGGAACCGGAGCAUCCACUGCACCAGCAGGGACAAAACCAGCGGGGUCUGGAGUGGAGCCGUGCCCGAGUGCAGAGAGAAAAGCUCGGCUGUCACCCUUGGAGCACCCGGCACGGAGGGCAGAGCUCCUCCCAAACGUCCCCAGGGAAACAGAAUCCAGCCCCCUCGGAAGGGUCUCGCGUGGGAGAUGAAGCUGAGCCUCCACAAAAAGGCUCCCCAAAGCAGCAUCUCCUCCUCCCAGCCCUCCUCCUCCUCCUCCUCCUCCUUCUCCUCCUCCUCCUCCAGGAGGCCGGUGAGCAGGAACUGGGCUGCCUCCAAGUUCGGGUUUGUUCUGCCUUUGUACAAAUCCCCCAAAUCUUAUCCUGGGACCAGCAGAGGAUCCAUGUGUCCUGCUAAGUACAUGGGGAUCCUUCCCCCACCUGGCUGCGUUCAGAAGUUAAAACGGCCCAAAUUUGAAUCAUUUUGUGGAAGAGCUGAGGCGGAGUUUCUGCGGGAAUCCCGGGGCAGUUCCAGCAGUUCCAGCGCUGUUUUCGCCGCGGGUUCUGCCGGGCGCUGCCGCUGUCCCGGCCCGGGGCGGGCGGGGUGGUGGGGCCCGAUAACGCUGGGCGUCGCUAUCGGGGGGCUCAGCCGCUAUCGGGGGGCUCGGGGCCUCUAUCGGGGGGCUCGGGGCCUCUAUCGGGGGGCUCGGGGCCGCUAUCGGGGGCUCAGCCGCUAUCGGGGGCUCAGCCGCUAUCGGGGGCUCAGCCGGUGCUUCCUCCGUUCCUGGGGCACAACGGGGCAGCGAAUGUGGGGCAGGGCAGGGGCUCAGCUGCCCGGGAGGGGCUGCGGGGGCUCCGUGGAGCUCGGACCGGCCCUGCGGGAGCGGCUGCGCUGCCCGGGCAGUGCCGGGGGAGCCGCGAUGGGCUGCGGCCGCUGCUGCUCGCUCCUGCUGCUGCUGCUGCUGGUGCUGCUGGUGCUGCCCGCGGCGUGGGGGGACUGCGGGCCGCUGCCGAACAUCAGCCACGCCGAGCCCCAGGGGGACACCAAAGCCCAGCAGAGCUUCACUGUGGGCGCCAGGGUGACCUUCAGCUGCAUCCCGGGGUACACCCGGCGCCCCUUUUUCUCCGACACCAUCCAGUGCCUGCCCAACUCCCGCUGGUCCAGCCUGCCCGACUUCUGCGGCCGCAGCUGUCCCAGACCGCCCUCGGUGCCGUUUGCUGCCAUAUCAGCAGAGGAUCAAAGGCAGAACUUUUAUGCCGUUAACACCACGGUGAGGUACGUUUGUCGCCAGGGUUUUGAGAACACCACAGACCAGCCCCCCACCAGCACCUGUUUGGACAACUUAACGUGGACAGGAGUUCCUAGACUGUGCCAGAAGAAAUCUUGUGGUAUUCCAGCCAAUCCAGAACACGGCCAAGUUACUGUAAAAGAUCAUCUGCUGGGAGGAACAGCCACAGUGGUUUGUGACCAUGGGUACACAUUAAAGGGAGCGUCACCCUCCAUCAAGUGCUCCUUCCAGGGAGGCAAAGCUGUCUGGACUCCCCUUCCUGCUUGUCAGGUGAUCUCCUGUCCCCCUCCCCCGGCCAUCCCCCACGGGCAGCACAGCGGGGACAGCUCGGCGCGGUUCGUGCUGGGCUCGGUCGCAGCCUACACGUGCGAGCCGGGGCUGGAGCUGGUGGGAGCGGCCACCCUGCGCUGCACCGCGGGCGACAGCGGCGACAGCGGCACCUGGAGCGGGGCCCCUCCCUCCUGCCGAGUUAAAACCACAGCAGAGACAAACCAAACCAAACCCUCAGAAGAGAAUCCUUACUGGCUGGCAAGCAUUCUCAUUCCAAGCUGCAUUGUUCCCCCUGUAGCCAUUGGAAUUCUGGCUGGGAUCAUCACGAGACGGAAGGAGAGUGAAAAGCACUCUUAUAAUGUGAAUUUACCAAAGCACGAGAUGAAGGGAAGGGAUGCAGCGAUGCACCCGGGGGCUACAGAUGGGAAGAAGCAGCCCAAGCCCUGGAAUUCCUAUUUUUGCCACACAAGGAACUGCCACGUGUGUCCCAGCUGUGAGGAGCAGCUCCACGGUGACCUGGCCCCUCUCUCAGAGCCCACCCACCACGGCUGCGCCGCCUGCCAGGACUGGCUGAGCUCCCAGCCCCAAAAACCCCGCACCUACUCAGUGCCCAGCGUUGGUGACGGGGACAGCCAGAGCCCAGCAGGCUCCAGGUACAGCCCCAGCUCUCCUGCCGAAGCUGGGGAUGUGCAGAGGGGAAGUGGCACAGCAGGAGCUGCUCCAUGGUGGAAUGAGGCAGAGCAGCCCAUGGACCACCCAAGUGACCACAUCUGUCCCAUCUGUGAGAGCUGGCUCCGCGCCCACGCUGGCCAGGGUGACAGCAGUGCUGUGACACCGGGGGAGUGGCGGGACCAGGGCCUGCCCGGCCCCGUCUGCCCUCCCUGCACGGACCGGCAGCUCCUGUCCCUGGUCCACGGGGACACCGCCAGCAGCCCCGUGUGUCCCCUGGCCGGGGAGGGGACCCCGGCCCACCUGGUCCCUCUGCACAGCCCCGGCUGCCACGUCUGCCCCGUGUGCUCGGCGCCCACCCACGCCCACCUGUGCCAGCCCCAGCGCCUGGCACCCGAUGCUGCCCUGUGCCCAUCCCCACGUGUCCGGUAUGGGAAGGUGUCCCCCUAUCACUACUGGGGACACUACAGGACAUGGGACACUGUGACCUUCACCUGCAACCCGGGCUACACCCUGCGGGGCGCCCGCAGCAGCACCUGCGGAGCCGGCUCCAGGUGGAGCCCCCCCGUGCCAGAGUGCCAAAGGGAGGUGACCUGUCCUCGGCCACCAAACAUCCCCAACGGGCUGCACAGUGGCCGCUCCUCGGGCCGCUUUCCCCGGGGAGUGACCGUGUCCUACAGCUGCAAGGAGGGCUUUGGGCUGCUCGGGAAUGCCUCCGUCACCUGCACGGCCUCCGGGCUGUGGAGCCGGCCGCUGCCCCGCUGUGAAGCCAUCGGCUGUCAGGCCCCCGAGGUGCAGAACGGGAAGGUUUACAAGCUGCAGAGCACCUACAGAGCUGGGGACACCCUUCAGUUUGACUGUGACCCCGGUUAUGCGGCAGAGGAUUCCGAUGAAGCUCGGUGCCAGCCCGGGGGCACCUGGGACCCGCCGGAGCUCGUGUGCCACAGGGUCCGGCCGUGCCCGAUGCCUCCGGAGGUGCCCAAUGGAAGUCACAACGGGCAGGAGCAGGCGUUCUUCACGGCUGGGAUGUCUGUGAGGUACACCUGCCACCCUGGUUAUUACCUGGUUGGAAAUGCCUCUGUGUCCUGCAGAGCCUCGGGGAACUGGAGCCAGCCCCGCCCUCGCUGUGAAGAGGUGACCUGUCCUCGGCCACCAAACAUCCCCAACGGGCUGCACAGCGGCCGCUCCUCGGGCCACUUUCCCCAGGGAGUGACCGUGUCCUACAGCUGCAAGGAGGGCUUUGGGCUGCUCGGGAAUGCCUCCGUCACCUGCACGGCCUCCGGGCUGUGGAGCCGGCCCCUGCCCCGCUGUGAAGCCAUCGGCUGUCAGGCCCCCGAGGUGCAGAACGGGAAGGUUUACAAGCUGCAGAGCACCUACAGAGCUGGGGACACCCUUCAGUUUGACUGUGACCCCGGUUAUGCGGCAGAGGAUUCCGAUGAGGCUCGGUGCCAGCCCGGGGGCACCUGGGACCCGCCGGAGCUCGUGUGCCACAGGGUCCGGCCGUGCCCGAUGCCUCCGGAGGUGCCCAAUGGAAGUCACAACGGGCAGGACCAGGCGUUCUUCACGGCUGGGAUGUCUGUGAGGUACACCUGCCACCCUGGUUAUUACCUGGUUGGAAAUGCCGCUGUGUCCUGCAGAGCCUCGGGGAACUGGAGCCAGCCCCGCCCUCGCUGUGAAGUGACUGUCUGCAUCAAUCCAGUCGUGGCCAAUGGGAGGCAGUUUGGUGGCCAGGGGCUCCUCUCUGCGCCCGGGCAAACGGUGACAUUUGUGUGCCACGAUGGUUACAGGCUGCAGGGCAGUGCCAGCGUGUCCUGCCAGGAGGAUGGCAGCUGGCAGCCCCCUGCUCCUGUGUGUGACAGAGCUCUGCCUCACCACGGCUCCUUCAACAGCUCCUCAGGCAUCCCCUGUGCGCCGCCCCCCGACAUCCCCAACGCGCGGCACUCGGGCCGGCUGCUGAGCGAGUUCCACUACGGCACCUCGGUCACCUACACCUGCAGCCCGGGGCUGCCGCUGCACGGGGAGCCCUCCAUCCACUGCACCACCAGGGAUGGCAAGAACGGCGUGUGGAGCGAGCCGCUGCCCGCCUGUGGAGUGGCGAGUUGUCCUGUCCCACAGAUCCAGAACGGGAGGAUCGUGGCUCUCAGGUCUGCCUACGCACACAGGGACACCGUGACCUUCGAAUGUGACCCAGGCUAUGCCCUUCGUGGCCACAGAGAGGUCCAGUGCCAAACAAACAACACCUGGGGGCCGCCUGUGCCGGUCUGCGAGCAGGCUGGCUGCAGAGCCCCUGCCAGGCUGGGCUUUGCCGAGCUGAAGGAGCCCUACAGGAGCCAGGCGGUGUUUCCCGAGGGGAGCAGGGUGGAAUACGUGUGCCAGCCUGGCUACACCCAGCUCCUGGGGGUGUCCCCAGCCGUCACCUGCCUCAGGAACCAGACGUGGUCUGCAGCGCUGGAGUUCUGUAAAAGGUGUGUGCAGGGUGUGGGCAGUGUGACCUUGUCCCCUUGUCCCCCCGCAGGUAUCACCUGUGCUCCCCCUCCGGCCGUCCCGCAGGGGACACACAGCGGGGGCUCCAGGGACACCUUCUCCUUCGGGGACGUGGUCACCUACACCUGCGCCUCGGGGCUGGCCCUGGCUGGAGACGCGUCCCUGUCCUGCAGCUCCGAGGAUGGGGAGAAUGGCACAUGGAGCGGGGCAGUGCCACGGUGCCAAGAGGUGAGGUGCCCGGCGCCCCCGAGCAUCGCCAACGGGCAGCACAACGCCACUGGCGGGGCCGGGCACAGCCCGGGCUCGGCCGUGCUCUACUCCUGCUCCCAGGGCUACGCCCUGCUGGGGAACGCCUCCAUCCGCUGCUCCGCCAAGGGAACCUGGAGCCGGCCCCCGCCCCGCUGCCAAGCAAUCGGCUGCACCAGGCCAGAGAUCGAGAAUGGAAAAGCAACUGGGUUGGAGACCACCUACAGCCUGGAGGACACCGUUGUCUUCGAGUGCAACUUUGGUUAUGCCUUGAAGGGCUCUCAAGAGUCUCAGUGCCAGUUUGGGGGCAAGUGGCACCCUCCUGUCCCCACCUGUGAGAAGCUGCCGCUGUGUCCUUCCCCUCCAAUUAUCAGAAACGGCCAGCACGACAGCAAGGGUGUGACAGAGUUCCUGCCUGGCAUGGCAGUGAAGUACAACUGUGACCCGGGGUACACCCUCACCGGGAAAACCACGGUGUCCUGUUUGCCUUCGGGAGUCUGGAGCAUCCCUCACCCCCGGUGUGAAGUGAUCACCUGCAGCAGCCCCAGCAUCAAGGACGGAGAGGUGGCAGAGGGCCGGAGGGCUGAGUACCACCCUGGGGACAACGUCACCUUCCAGUGCCACCCAGGCUUCGAGCUGAGGGGCAGCCGUGGGGCCAAGUGCCAGCCCGACAGCCGCUGGGUGCCUGCUGUGCCCACCUGCCAGCCAGUGCUGCUGUGCCCUCCGCCCCCCGUCAUCGCCCACGCCACGCUCAGCGCCCAGCCGGGGACAAACUUCACCAGUGGCACCUCCGUGAGCUACAGCUGCCAGCCCGGCUUCUCCCUGCUCGGGGAGCCCGCGGUGCUGUGCACGGCCUGGGGCAACUGGAGCCUUCCCUACCCACGCUGUGCAGCGGGUUGUGGCACACCAACACCGUUGUUAUUUGCUGAGCUAAGUGAGGAAUAUGAAAAUCAGACUGAGUUCCCUGUUGGGAUGACUGUGAACUACACCUGUCGGCCUGGAUAUGUGGAACAGCCACAGCUAUCACCAACUAUCACAUGUCUUGAAAAUCUAACGUGGUCUGAAGCCCAGGAGUUUUGCAAAAUGCUGCAAUGCCCUUCACCUCCAAAUAUUGACAAAGGAAACCACAACAGCCAGGAGCUGGAGGUUUUUCCCACUGGGACGGUUGUGAACUACAGCUGUGACCCUGGCUACAGCCUCCUGGGAGAGGCGUCCAUCCACUGCACCGACUCUGGCAACUGGAGCCUCCCUCUCCCUCAGUGUGCAGGUGGCUGUGGUGCACCUCCAAACCUCACCUUUGCUGAGCUAACCAGGGAAUACAAAAACAAGCUGGAAUUUGCUGUUGGGGACACUGUGCGCUACAGCUGCCGGCCGGGACACUCGAGACGCCCCGGAGCGUCCCAAACUCUGACUUGCCUCCAAAACCACACGUGGUCUGAAGCCCUAGAGUUCUGUAAAAGGAAGCAAUGCAAACACCCAGAGCCCCUCAGGAAUGGCAGAGUUGUUGUUCUGACAGAUCUCCUUUUCGGGUCAACCGUGAGCCACGCGUGUGACGAAGGGUACACCCUGGUUGGUCAGUCCCACAGGAGAUGUGAGAUUUUGGGCCGAGAUGUUGCCUGGGCUGGGCUGCCUCCCAUCUGCCAGAGGGUGACGUGCCCAGCCCCACAGAUCCGGGAUGGGAGGGUGGCUGUCCCCAAGCCCCGCUACACCUACAGGGACACUGUCACCUUUAAGUGCCGCAGAGGCUUCACCCUGCGAGGCCACCCCACGUCGCAGUGCCGAGCUGACAGGAGGUGGGACCCACCCGUGCCCGUCUGUGAACGGGGUAAGGUUCUUGUGCUUGUCGGGAUUGCACAUUCCUCACGAUUUCUCCUGCCUGCUCACAGAAGCCAGAGUUGGUUUGAUUUUCCCUGUUUGCUCCAACUAUUUUAAGGAGAACCCAGAAUU